AUGGCGUUCAUGGAACAAUAUAAUAUAGUGCUCAUUUCUGCCAUUGUCCUGGUGUCACCUUCAGUCUGUGAAGCACUAAAUCAGGAUCCUUACCAGCUCGGUUCAACAGUUGUAGUUAGCGGAAAUGAGUUAAAUGAUACCGAUCGACAAGCAUUGCUCGAGUUCAAGGCCAAGAUAGUUGGUGAUGAGCUCGGGAUUCUGCAUUCAUGGAACAACAGUGUCCAUUUCUGCCAGUGGUGUGGUGUUAAGUGUGGUCUUGGACGUCAAAGAUUGACCAAGUUGGACUUGCGAUCACUCAAACUCAUGGGAUCGAGUUCACCAUAUAUUGGAAGUUUGAGCUUUCUAAAGGUGUUGAAUCUUCGAGACAACAGCUUCAGUCAAGAACUGCCACAAGAAAUUGGUCGUUUAGGAAGAUUGCGAGAACUAGAACUACGUGGAAACUUCUUAGGAGGUGAAAUUCCUUCCAAUAUAUCUGGUUGUUCCAAACUCACACGACUUUUACAUGGGGCACAACCAGCUAGUUGGAGAAAUACCCGCAGCGCUAGGCCACUUGUCAAAUUGACAGAGGUAAUCCCUGAAUCUCUUGGGCAAUUGACAAAUCUUACCCUCUUUGCAGCAGGGGUGAAUGGACUUUCUGGUAUUGUUCCUCCCUCGAUUUUCAAUCUGUCCAUGAUCAAAACUCUUGAUAUCAGCUCAAACCAGUUUCAUGGUAGCCUUCCUUCGAAAUUGGGAAUCACCAUGCCAGUUCCAUUCCCUCUGGUUACUGGAAACCUUCAGAAGCAACAAGAAUUGGAUCUAGGGAUCAAUUCUCUCUCUGGGGUUAUUCCUCCUUCUCUUGGAAACUUAAAGAUGUUGAACCAACUAGGCUUAAACCACAACAAUCUCCAUGGUACCAUUCCUUCAAGUCUAGGCAAGUGUGAAAAUUUGGUUGCAUUGGAUCUCUCAGACAAUAACCUUAGUGGAAACUUGAAAAAUCUAGGUCAAUUAUCUGUUUCUCAAAAUAGACUGUCAGGCAUGGUGCAGACAGAUGGAGUGUUUGAGAAUGCUAGCGCUACAUGGGUCCAGGGAAACAAUAAGCUUUGCGGAGGCACACCUGAUUUCCAAUUGCCAAGUUGUGAAGGUAGCUUUGGUUCUGUAUAUAAAGGAGUUUUAGAAGACAAUGGAACUGUUAUUGCCACCAAAGUGCUUAACCUUUUCAGUCCGGGAUCUUCUAGGAGAUUCAUGGCUGAAUGUAAGGCCUUGAGGAAUAUUAGACAUCGAAAUCUUGUCAAGAUAUUAACAGCUUGUUCAGGUUUUGAUUACCAUGGCAAUGAUUUCAAGGCUCUAGUUUAUGAGUUCAUGGUUAAUGGGAGUCUAGAGGAUUGGUUGCAUCCCUCUUUUGAUUCGAAUGAGUCAGAGGAGUCAGUAAAGAAAUUGAACUUUUAUCAGAGAACGAAUGUGGCUAUUGAUGUUGCUUGUGCAUUAGGUUAUCUCCACCAUCAUUGUGAAACAUCAAUUGUUCAUUGUGAUCUCAAACCAAGCAAUAUUCUACUUGAUGAUCAAUUCAUUGGCCAUGUAGGUGACUUUGGAUUGGCAAAAUUCAUUUCAGCAAAUACACAAUAUUACUCUACAAGCCAGUCAUGCACCUUUGGAUUAAGAGGAACUAUUGGUUAUGCUCCACCUGAAUACGGCAUGGGAAGUGAAGUGUCAGCAAAUGGUGAUGUGUACAGCCACAGUAUUCUUUCGUUGGAGAUGUUUUCUGGAAUGAGGCCCACUGAUGAAGUGUUUAAAGAAGGUUUAAACCUUCACAACCUUGUCAAGGCAGCUUUGCGAGAAUGA